ACGUCACCCCCGUGCCUACAAUGAUAUAAAUCCAGAGCUGGACCGUGAGUGUGACGAGCUGCAGGACUCGGUGGAUCUCGUGGACAAACAUGGCAAAGCCCAGAGUUUUCUUUGACAUCACCAUCGAUGGACGUCCACAGGGCCGGAUCGUGAUGGAGCUCCGGACUGAUGUGGUCCCAAAGACUGCAGAGAAUUUCCGCGCUUUGUGCACCGGAGAGAAAGGUUUCGGGUACAAGGGCUCCUCGUUUCACCGCAUCAUCCCCAAUUUCAUGUGUCAGGGUGGAGACUUCACCAAGCACAAUGGAACCGGAGGUAGAUCCAUCUACGGGGAGAAGUUUGCUGACGAGAACUUCCAGCUGCAGCACACACACAAGUAUGCACUGUCAAUGGCCAACGCUGGACCCAACACCAACGGAUCCCAGUUCUUCAUCUGCACAGAAAUAACUAGAUGGCUGGACGGGAAACACGUGGUGUUUGGCAGAGUCGUGGAGGGAACCAGUGUCGUCGACGCGAUGGAGGCCAAAGGUACCAGCAGUGGCACCCCCAGAGGCAAGAUUGUCAUCGCCGACUGUGGUCAACUAUAAUCGUCCAACAGACCUCCCCUUUUUUUUGUAAUUCAGUUUUCCUCAUUCGUUAACGUUCCUGUGCGUUUUUGAGAUGGCGUGCGUCUGCAGCACCAGCCGAAAAACCACACAAUAAACCAACCGUCUCUAAAACGUUGGUCUCCUGUGUCGCUCUUCGUGUCAGAUUUUGUACCUUCUAAUUUGUCCACAAAUCAGAAAGAAACGAUGGUGAUCGUGUAAAUAAAACGACUUGAAAGCUGA